UGUAUGGAUAGUUUCCAAAUAAACUAGAUAAGAUUUUUAGAUCGAGUUGAAUACUUAACGAGACGAGUACUAAAUUAGUAAAGGACAAGUGGAGAAUAACACAAUUGCAACAGCAACAACAACAACAACAACAACCGGCUUGAAGAAGUUCAGAAAUGUCUUUCACGCUUGAGGCUUGUUAUGCGACACUUCCUCGCACAAGGCGUGGUCAGCAUAUUGUGAUUGGUGGAGAUCCAAAGGGGAAGAACUUCCUGUAUACCAAUGGGACCAGUGUCAUCAUCAGAAACAUUGAGGACCCUUCCAUAGCUGGUGUGUACGCAGGGCAUAAUAGAGAAACAACAGUGGCUAAAUACUCCCCCAAUGGCCUCUAUAUUGCUUCAGGAGAUAUCUCUGGGAAGGUCAGAAUCUGGGAUGCAGUGGACAAGGAGCAUAUUUUAAAAUAUGAGUAUCAACCACUCUCGGGCAGAA